AUGAAACAAGAAAAACCAACUACUGCAAGGGACGAUUCCUAUGCCAAUGAAUAUAUGAGCAUCUAUGGUAGUAAUGAACCUGAAAAAGAUACCAGUAAUACACAUACAACACAUGAGACGUUUGAUGCAAUUGAUACAUUGAAUAAUCCAAAUGUUAAUAUACAUGACUCUAAUAUUACACCCGAUAUCUUAUUAGAACAACUGGCAUACGUUGAUAAUUUCAUUCCAUCAUUAGAUCAAGAUUUUGUUAAUUUGGAUUCAUGGGUUAUGAAUGAAUCACAAAAUGACCAUAAUAACAAUAGCAAUAAUAAUAACGGAUCGGCUACCUCAAUUAAUAAUAAUAAUAAUAAUAAUGUACAUGGUGGGUCUAUUAUGAAUACCGUUUCGGGAAAUACGUUUGGUUUGGAUGAACAAUUAGCUGUUGAAUUAAGUGCAUUUGCUGAUGAAGUAUUUAUUUUCCCAGAUGAGGAUAAACCACAAAACAACAACAACAAUAAUAAUGAGGAUGAGGAGGAUGAAGAAAAUAUAUUCAACAAUAAAAGUGAUACAAAUGAUGAUCAUAAGAAUAGAAACCAUAUAUUAUCACAAAGAAGAAAUAAAUUUUUGACUUCUCAAUAUGAUCAUUCCAAAUCAAGAUUUUCUUCAAGAAGAUCACAUCAUGAAAACGAUGCUAAUGAUAAUAAUAAUGAUGUUGAAGACCAUGACAACAAUAAUAUUCAUCCAAGUUUCGAUAUGUCUAAUAAUUUGGUACAUGAUGAUCAUAGUGGAUUUACAAAUUUUGAAGUAGAUGGUCCAACUAAUAACAUGAACAAUGCUCGUGACGAAGAUGACGAAGAUGAAGAAGAAGAAGAAGGACAAGAAAAUAAUAUAAAUAAUCAUAGUCAAGUUUCCUUGUUGCCUCAACAUCGAGCAGAGAAUACCAAUCCUCCAUAUCAAAGGAAUCAUGUUCCAAGUAUCUCUUCCCCAUUAUCAAAUUUGGUAGCAAAUAAUUUACCAUUAAAGAAACAAAAGAAACAAACCAUCAAUAGUAAUAAUGUGACACAUGAUUCACAAGAACCACAAAUACAUAUGCCAGAUUAUUCUCAAAUCCCUACUUCUACAUUGGUGGCAUUAUUGCCAAGAGUUAAAGUUCCAGAAGGUGCACAUACUUCUUUAUUAAAAGCAGGUUUCGCAGAAGAUCAAAUUGUAGCAAUUUCAGCUAUCAUUGCCUAUAAUGAACAACAUAAACAACAAAUAAAAUAUUCUUCAGAGUCACAUUCUAAUGGUUCUUCAAAUGAUGAAAGAUCUUCAUCAGAUAAAGGUGCUCAUUUUUUAUUGGACCUAUUAUCUGAUAAGAAGCCCACAAAGAGAUCAAGAUCUCAACCACAAGUGAAUCGUGAAACACCACAUUCUCAGCCAAGUCCCGUCAACACUAACAUUAAUAAUAAUGGCAGGAGACAAGAAUCCAACGUAUCGGAACCAGCCGCAGUGAUGCAUGCUACUCCAGAUGUAUCAAAUAUACGACAAAAUGUUCAACAACAGAAGCAACAACAAAACCGUCAUAAUUCCUCAGAUGAUAAUACUCUUACUUCACCUAACUAUAUGAGACACGCCAGUGAACCAAUUUCUAAGAAACAAAAUAUAGUCUCAAAACCUGUAAAUAAGUUACCCUCGGGAAAUGCCAAAAUACCGUCUGACUUACCAGUGAACUCGGCAUCGACUAUAAAGAAAGAAUCUUGUUCUUCAAUUACAAAUAUAUCAUCCGCAGUUGACCACUCGGUUAACUCAAAUACACAGCCGAAGGUUGAACCUACAUCACAUUCUACAUAUGCUCAGAAAAAGAAGUUGAAAGGCAAGGAGCUUGAAAAUUCUAUCAAUGAAUUGAAUGAUCUGGCUUUAAAAUUACAACAAAAGAUACAUACGUUAGAAAUGGAAAACAAAUUAUUGAAGGAUCUAGUGGUUAAUAGUGGUGAACAAGAAGGUAUAGAACAAGCGGAAUCGAUAAAACAGAAUUUACUGAAGAGAGCUCAUCAAACAACCCAAGAACAAGAAAAUAUAGGAAACAGACACUUAGAUAAUGACGGUAGUGAAAGCGAUGAUGAGGAUCCUAAAAAGAAAAGAAAACUAUCAAAAUAA